CUACAGGCACCGCACUCACAAAAGUCGCUACUUUUCUCUCCCUCCCUCCAAUGUUUCAGAUCUCUUGCUCGUAAUUUCCAUUUUCAUCGUCGUGUAUAUCUGUAUAGAUAUACACACACCCUCCGCUCUCUCUCUUUCUAGAUCGCUCUAUUUCUCCUUCUCAUAGUUGUCGGAUUCCCUUCGUUGCUGACUCUCGACUUACCGAUUCUUCAUCAGAUCCGGAGGUCUCAUCUGAAGCAUGGCGGCCGCCAACGCUCCGAUUACCAUGAAAGAAGCCCUCACGUUGCCUAGCGUAGGGAUCAAUGCUCAGUUCAUCACUUUUACAAAUGUGACAAUGGAAUCGGAUAAGUAUAUCUGUGUUCGUGAGACUGCACCUCAAAAUAGUGUUGUGAUCAUCGAUAUGAAUAUGCCAAUGCAGCCGUUGAGGCGGCCCAUUACUGCAGAUUCCGCUCUUAUGAAUCCAAAUACUAGAAUCUUGGCACUAAAAGCUCAACUUCCUGGAACUACUCAAGAUCACUUGCAAAUAUUCAACAUCGAGGCAAAAGCAAAAAUAAAGUCACACCAGAUGCCUGAGCAGGUCGUCUUUUGGAAGUGGAUCACCCCUAAGAUGUUGGGUUUAGUUACUCAAUCCUCUGUAUAUCACUGGUCAAUUGAAGGUGAUUCAGAACCUGUGAAGAUGUUUGAUAGAACAGCUAAUUUAGCAAACAACCAAAUUAUCAAUUACAGAUGUGAUCCUUCUGAGAAGUGGUUGGUUCUGAUUGGUAUUGCUCCUGGUUCGCCUGAGAGGCCUCAACUGGUCAAAGGAAAUAUGCAACUAUUUUCUGUGGAUCAGCAACGUAGUCAAGCUCUUGAAGGGCAUGCUGCAUCAUUUGCCUCGUUUAGAGUUCCUGGAAAUGAUAAAGAUUCUUUGCUUAUUUCUUUUGCCACAAAAACCUCUAAUGCUGGACAGAUUACAUCUAAAUUGCAUGUCAUUGAGCUUGGAGCCCAGCCAGGGAAACCAUCCUUUACCAAAAAACAAGCAGAUCUUUUUUUCCCUCCAGAUUUUGCUGAUGAUUUUCCAGUGGCAAUGCAGAUUUCCCAUAAAUAUAGUUUGAUAUAUGUGAUUACGAAGCUGGGACUUCUCUUUGUCUAUGAUUUGGAAACUGCCUCAGCAGUAUAUCGAAAUAGGAUUAGUCCAGAUCCCAUCUUUCUGACAUCAGAAGCUUCAUCUGUUGGAGGUUUCUAUGCAAUCAAUAGGCGAGGCCAGGUUUUACUUGCUACAGUAAAUGAAACAACAAUCAUACCUUUCAUCAGCGGCCAACUGAACAAUCUGGAGCUUGCUGUCAAUCUUGCCAAAAGAGGGAACCUUCCAGGUGCAGAAAAUUUAGUUGUCCAGCGCUUCCAAGAAUUGUUCGCUCAGACGAAGUAUAAAGAGGCUGCUGAGCUUGCUGCGGAUUCUCCUCAAGGCAUCCUCCGGACACCGGAUACAGUAGCCAAAUUUCAGAGUGUUCCCGUUCAAGCUGGACAAACGCCACCAUUGCUGCAGUACUUUGGAACCCUUUUAACAAAAGGGAAGCUCAAUGCAUUCGAGUCUUUGGAAUUAUCUCGCCUGGUCGUGAACCAAAACAAGAAGAAUCUCUUGGAAAACUGGCUAGCCGAGGAUAAGCUAGAAUGUAGUGAGGAACUUGGAGACCUUGUGAAGACUGUGGACAAUGACCUUGCACUGAAAAUAUAUAUCAAAGCUAGAGCUACUCCAAAAGUCGUUGCAGCUUUUGCAGAGCGUAGGGAGUUCGAUAAAAUUUUGAUAUACUCCAAGCAGGUUGGAUAUGCACCUGACUAUCUGUUCCUGCUGCAAACUAUUCUCCGAUCAGAUCCUCAGGGAGCUGUUAAUUUCGCUCUUAUGAUGUCUCAAAUGGAGGGAGGUUGUCCAAUUGAUUACAAUACCAUUACUGAUCUCUUUCUUCAGAGGAACAUGAUCCGUGAAGCAACUGCAUUUUUGUUAGAUGUUCUGAAGCCAAAUUUGCCAGAACAUGCAUUCCUGCAAACGAAGGUCCUUGAAAUCAAUCUCGUGACCUUUCCUAAUGUGGCCGAUGCUGUUUUAGCAAAUGGCAUGUUUAGUCACUACGACAGACCGCGCAUUGGACAACUCUGUGAAAAAGCUGGUCUUUACAUACGAGCGCUUCAGCACUACACCGAACUUCCAGAUAUCAAACGUGUCAUUGUGAAUACUCAUGCAAUUGAGCCACAGGCUCUUGUGGAAUUCUUUGGGACACUUUCCCGGGAAUGGGCACUGGAGUGCAUGAAGGAUCUUCUUCUGGUUAAUUUGAGAGGCAACCUUCAGAUAAUUGUCCAAGUUGCAAAAGAAUAUUGUGAGCAGUUGGGGGUUGAAGCUUGCAUAAAGAUCUUUGAGCAGUUUAAGUCGUAUGAAGGAUUAUAUUUCUUUUUGGGAUCAUAUUUGAGCUCCAGCGAGGAUCCUGACAUUCACUUCAAGUACAUUGAGGCAGCUUCCAAGACCGGACAAAUUAAGGAGGUUGAGCGUGUUACAAGAGAAUCAAAUUUCUAUGACCCUGAGAAGACGAAGAACUUUUUAAUGGAAGCGAAACUUCCAGAUGCUCGACCAGAAGAAGAUGCUGUUUGGAGUCAGGUGGCUAAAGCUCAACUAAGGGAAGGACUAGUGAGUGAUGCAAUUGAAUCUUUUAUUCGUGCAGAUGAUGCCACUCAGUUCCUGGAAGUCAUCCGUGCUGCUGAGGAUGCAAAUGUUUAUCAUGACUUGGUGAAAUAUCUUCUGAUGGUUAGGCAGAAAACGAAGGAGCCCAAGGUGGAUAGCGAGCUCAUAUAUGCAUAUGCUAAGACUGAUAGGUUGGGUGACGUUGAAGAGUUUAUUCUCAUGCCAAAUGUUGCCAAUCUCCCUAAUGUUGGUGAUCGCUUGUAUGAUGAAGAGUUAUAUGAGGCGGCAAAGAUAAUUUUUGCUUUUAUAUCUAACUGGGCCAAGUUGGCAGUCACACUAGUGAAGUUGAAGCAAUUUCAAGGGGCUGUUGAUGCAGCAAGGAAAGCAAAUAGCGCAAAGACGUGGAAAGAAGUCUGUUUUGCUUGUGUUGAUGCUGAGGAGUUCCGGUUGGCUCAAAUAUGUGGUCUUAACAUCAUCGUACAGGUCGAUGACCUGGAAGAAGUUAGUGAGUAUUAUCAGAACCGAGGAUGCUUUAAUGAGCUUAUCUCUCUUAUGGAGAGUGGUUUGGGAUUGGAACGUGCACACAUGGGCAUCUUCACAGAGCUUGGUAUCCUGUAUGCUAGAUACCGUCAUGAGAAACUCAUGGAGCAUAUAAAAUUAUUCUCUACCCGUCUCAACAUUCCCAAGCUAAUCCGAGCCUGUGAUGAGCAGCAGCACUGGAAGGAACUGACAUAUUUAUAUAUUCAAUAUGAUGAGUUUGAUAAUGCUGCCACUACCGUCAUGAAUCAUUCCCCUGAAGCUUGGGAUCACAUGCAAUUCAAAGAUAUUAUUGUCAAAGUUGCUAACGUGGAGUUAUAUUACAAGGCGGUGCACUUCUAUUUGCAAGAGCACCCUGAUCUCAUUAAUGAUGUUCUAAAUGUCCUAGCUCUUCGCGUGGACCAUGCUCGUGUAGUGGACAUAAUGAGGAAGGCGGGCCACUUGCGUCUUAUCAAGCCAUACAUGGUUGCAGUUCAGAGCAAUAAUGUGUCUGCUGUGAAUGAAGCUCUCAAUGAGAUCUAUAUAGAAGAAGAGGAUUAUGACAGAUUGCGUGAAUCCAUUGAGCUGCAUGAUAACUUUGAUCAGAUUGGCCUUGCGCAGAAGAUUGAGAAACAUGAGCUCCUUGAGAUGAGGCGCGUCGCAGCCUACAUUUACAAAAAGGCAGGUAGGUGGAAGCAAUCCAUUGCAUUGUCAAAGAAAGACAACCUUUACAAGGAUGCAAUGGAGACAGCUUCACAAUCUGGUGAUCGGGAACUUGCUGAGGAGUUGCUUGUUUACUUCAUUGAGCAGGGGAAAAAGGAAUGCUUUGCGUCGUGCCUAUUUGUUUGUUACGACUUGAUUCGCGCGGAUGUUGCCCUUGAACUUGCUUGGAUGAAUAAUAUGAUCGACUUUGCCUUCCCCUAUCUGUUGCAGUUUAUCCGUGAAUACACGGGCAAAGUUGACGAACUAAUCAAGGACAAAAUUGAUGCUCUUAAUGAAGUGAAGGCUAAAGAGAAUGAGGAGAAGGACGUUAUCAAACAGCAGAAUAUGUAUGCCCAGUUGCUGCCUCUUGCUUUGCCUGCACCACCUAUGCCAGGUAUGGGGGUCGGUGGAAUGGGAGGAGGUUUUACUGCACAAAUGCCACCCCCACCCAUGCCCAUGGGUGGAAUGCCUCCAAUGCCGCCGUUUGGCAUGCCACAAAUGGGAUCCUACUGAUCUGGUUGGAAUUUCAUAGCGGGUUAUUUUUACUUGAGAAAAUGAGGACACAAAUGGGUUGCACUUUAUGCCUUGUCUUUUAUAGUGUUUCUUGUCUGAUGCUCAACGGCAUUUUCACUUUUCUGGAAGCUGCCUAGCUGAAGAUAAAGUUUAAUUAGUUAUUCCAAAAUAAUGUUCUUUGGUGUCAUCUGUCGUAGGUGUGUGGAUAUAGUUUUUGUAAUAUUCUUUGGUAGCAGAGGCAUUUUUUGGCUGCUGUAGACAGCAAGAUAAGGAUAAUUUGUAUUUUAUAAGAACAAGUGCCCUUGUGAUUAGUGGAAUUAUAUACUGGUUGUCAAGAAUGUUUUAACUCAUGGUUAAGUUAAAAUUUUGUAUGCAUCACUGUCAAAUUUCCCUUUC